CCUCUGAUAAAGCCAACUUAAUUUUACUUUAUAUAACUCAGUCUGAUUUCAAUAAUCUCAAAAAAAGUUAAAAGUUGUAUUAAUGCAUGAAUGCUAAUAGGCUGAUCCACGGACCAUAGAGGUUGGGUAAACUAACGUUCUCCAGUCAAUAGCCUAUUAAAACAUUAUGUAUUUCAUAAUUACCAUAAUGUAUCUUGAUCAGAAUAAUAUACUUUUGCUCUCUGUUGAUCAAGUCACAUGCAAUUCACGACUGGCAUCCUCAUGUACGCGCAUCUCGGAUAACUCUUCGCACCCACCAUCAAGACACUGUCUGCCAUUAGCGCUAUUUUAAACUCCAUAAGAACACGAUGUUUCAAGUAGCCGCACUACCACGUAGUAUAUUUUGUUACAAUACCGGAAAAACCUUAACGUUAUCCAAAUUUCUACUGCGUAUAGUCUCCUCACACUUCAGCUCGGUAUUAUCAGGCGUUUGAUUAUUGAUUGGCACACAGCAUUGACGGCAAGGCACGCAAUCCACGCCGCAAGAUGAAACGCGAUGAGACUAAUGUAACUUUUGAAUGACCUCUUCUUUACAAAGACGGUCUCCAUCAAUGGUCCACCGGCUUUAUUUGGCUCUUAUUGUGCCUGCGGCCGUUUUGUGUUUCUAUUUGUUUUCCAGUCAGAAUCCCUGGCAUGAGUUUGAUUUACUAUGGUUGAAUAUUAAUCCCACAGAUGGAAACGGAUAUCUAUAGUAUUGAGCACCUUUCAUGUAAAAUGAAUUUAUUUAUGUCUCGGAACUUCCAAUAUGCUAAAAAAAAAAACUCUUACAAGUCUUUGUUAAUGAGCAUAAGAAAUUUUUUUUUCUCAAGUCAGAUAUGAGUAUAUGCAAACAUAAGAUAUAAUACUCGACUGCAUUUUGUGUAAUAUGUACUAAUUAAGUUGGUAAAGAAUUGCUGCUAGGUGUGAACGCGGCUUCUUAUUCCUUAAUAGACUUCCUUCACCUUGAUUGGCCAAUCUGGUCACAUGGGUGUCUAACUUUAUUCAGUUGACAGCAAGUAGGAGGGCUUUAUGGAGGGAGGGAAAAAAAGACAACUCGAGAAAAAUUAGUAUUUUCUACCUUCAGAAAUUAAUGGCCAUGAGUUCGUACAUGGUAAACUCCAAGUAUGUGGAUCCAAAAUUCCCUCCUUGCGAGGAAUAUUCGCAAAACAGUUAUAUACCAGAGCAGGGUUCGGGCUAUUACAGUCCAUCGCAAGACUCUGCCUUCCAGCAUCCAAGGAUCUACUCACGGUCAAACUACACGGAGCAGCCCUACAGCUGUAACACUGUGCAGGGAUCAACGGUACAGCCGGGUCAUGUGCAGGACCGAGCCUUCCCCGCACAGAACGAACAGUGUUCUCCGGUCCAAAUAUCCGGCCCGAGGACUUGUGGUCAGCAACAAAACACAAAGAACCAGAACGGGAUACAAACCAAGCAGCCUGCAAUAGUUUAUCCCUGGAUGAAGAAAGUCCACGUUAGUACGGUGAACCCAGAUUACCCAGGAGCGGAGCCCAAACGCUCGCGGACAGCGUACACCAGACAGCAGGUUUUAGAACUGGAAAAGGAAUUUCAUUUUAACAGGUAUCUAACCAGACGGCGUCGCAUCGAAAUAGCGCACUCUCUCUGUCUCUCCGAGCGGCAGAUUAAAAUCUGGUUUCAGAACAGGAGAAUGAAAUGGAAAAAAGACCACAAACUGCCUAACACAAAGGGAAGGUCGACAUCAGCUACAAGCCAGCAUGCAAAACAUGUUCAGAAGGACAACCAGACAGAUAUCACAACAUUAUAAGUCAAAUGGAGACGUCGAACUCUCUGCUGAAGUACAGAUGAACUGUGUAUGAAAGACAAUGCUUCCUUUGACUUUGCAUGGUCCUAAAACAUGACAUUUCGGUCAUCAAUGCUAUUUAAUGUGGAACAGAAGCACACCUCAUUACCAAGUGCAGAGUAAGUGGUUGCGAUGAAAGGAAUAAGCUAAAAUAGCCCCAUUUCCACCGUUGUAAGUAUAACAAGGCGAAAAGGAAAUAGAAAGGCAUCUCACAACAUCACACAGCUUCACUGGCGCGAGGUACAACAGAAAGCUUGUCAGAAAGCCGUUUAAAUAAAAGCAAGGGGUUUUUUUUAGCAUUACAUUUUCUCUGUAGUCUGCACACUCCUCUCUCCAGGCGCAUUACAGAAGAUUUACGAUAAGGGCCCAGGAAUUAGUGAAAUUACUUAAUGAAGGAAGAGCAGGUUUAUAACUGUGGCCUGUGAAUUUAAAUUACUUGAUAAAAAAGCGAACGAAAUCUCUGUUUCGCAUUGAAGCUCAUGCAACCAUAAAUGUCGGACUUAUUACUUAAUAACGGCCAUGAAAAUAUUCGGGUUUAAUUACGGAUACGAAAACCGAAAUAUUAUUUUCUCUAAAAUAAUUUGCAAAUUAAAAUUUACGGACAGUCCAAUGUCUUAUAAAAGCCAAGUCUUACAAUAUUAAACAUUACAUUUACAGGAAUAAUGGGUAAGCAAUAUUUCAAUGUAACUCUUGAAAACUGGAUUCUCUAAAACGUGUACAUUUCGAAAUCUAUUUUAUUUAGAGCCACAAAUUCACUGUGUUAACCAUACUAUUGGAUACAUUUACGGCUAUAAAUCUCUCCUGACAGUUUUGUAAACAAUGUACAAUGCAAGAAGCUGUAUAUCUGUCUUCCAGAUGUCAUCUGAAAUUCCUAAAUAAUAGUUCAUUUAUUGUCCCACUUACUUUUGCAUUUUAGCUAAACUUUAGAUCUCGAAUCCUUUAUUUAUUAAAUAUCACAAUGAGAAUGCUAAAGGUUUUUGUGUUUAUAUUCUACGUGAAUUUAAGUGAUCGUUCUAUUAUGUUCAGUUGCGAAAAGUGCGUUAUUUUUAUUCUAAAUAUGUCUGCAUUUUGUGCAUAUUUUCUACAAGCAUAUUUUCUAGGAAAUGAAUAAUAGAGAUCAUUAAGAAAAAAUGUUUAUUUACAAACCACUUCGCAUACUCUGUUGAAAUAAGCGAUGCUGUGUAUUGUUUGGAAAAAAAGAAAAUAACUGGUCGCCCGUUUUUACGUUUGAUUAAAAAAAAAUAUUUUUGGCAAAAGAAAUGGAGUUACCUCUAAAAUGUGAAUCGACGUAUUCACGUCGUGAUUAAAGAUCGAAUGUUCUACUGUCA